AUGACGAGAAAUGCCGAGACGAUGGAGCUAGAUGCGCCGCCAGUGUCGCCCAUUCUCCGUCUCCCGGUUGAGAUGUUUGCCGCCAUCCUUUCCAUGCUCGACGACCUGCCUUCGCUGCUUUCAGCCAUCCUGACCACACGCGCUUUCAACAACGCGUUUCUGGAGGGAAAACACACAAUACUGUCGCAUGUAUUGAUCAAACAUGUCGGGGUCGACGUCAUUUUUGACGCUCUCGCCGCGAUAGAGGCGGAGGCGACCGCCACCACCCGAGCCUCCCCAUUCACGUCUGAAAGUAUCCAAGCUUUCUACGUAGAACACUUCCGAAUCGGAAGACCUGUGCCCCCAUUUAACGAUCUUGGAAAAGCCAUAGCUGUUGCCAAACUCAGCGCUACCGUUAAGGCCUUUACUACACGGUUCGCCCAGUGGGUAGCCGCCACCUCACCAGAAGGGAUGUCUACAUUGACAGUGACCGAGAGUGCCCGGGUCGAACGUGCAUUCUACCUCUUUGAGACCUUCUGCAACCUCUUCCGCAACCGUCACCGCCGCUCGGCUGAACCGGUCAGCAGGUUCCACUUCUUUUCCACGUUUUGUCCUUGGGAGCUCGAGCAGCUCGGGUGCAUUCACGAUUUCCUCUUCCACCAAGUCCAGCCUGCUUAUGAUGACGUGGUCUACCAUGACGUCGCGUGGGGCGCCAUCGAGGUCGAACCAGCAAUGAGCUUGGCGUCGCCCGAGAUUCAGGCCGUCUUGUCCACUGGCCUAUCCUCAGUUUACCGUCUCGCCACAGCAGAGACGUACGAGGCCCGUCAUGAGCUCCUGUACAGAUGGGGCGGUCCGCCGCGGAAGGACGACUUCUUCUAUGAAGGCCUUGCGCGCCGCUUCCCAACUCGCUUCCCAAGUUUGCCGCCGUAUCUCGACCUGGACCUCGGACCUCGACUCGCCUGGGAAUGGGCCUACGCCAGCAGUCGACGGAACAUGAAGAUUUACCACCGCAGUCGGGAGGUUUUGCGGAAGUGGGGUUACGUGUUCCGCGACAAGGCGCGCCUCGACGAUAUAGCACUGUUCGACAAACCGUUCGUCCCGCCGCGCCUACCUCCCGAGAGACACGAGCCGAGCGACGAAUUUACUGACACAUGGUGGGCCAGGGAAGAGAUCUCUCGGGCCGGAGGGAGCGGAUACUGGACUCCCACGUACCAAAGCCGAGUUGUAUACCCGGCGGCGAGUAAAAGGAGCCACCCGACGGUAGGGAGGCGGUUUGCGACGCCGUCGUUCGCCAAUGCGAAAAGAGAAUCUUCGGUGGAGAGCGCGAGGAUCGAGGCUGCCAUGCGAAACAAGUGGAGAAAGACAGAAGAUUCUUGA